GUCAUAUUCAAGCGUCGGUGUUGUCGCCGUGCUGCAGCGUUUGCGGUUCGCAUCAUGGUGGUUUUUCCGAGUUCACUGACGGAGGAAGAAGAGGCCCUGCAAAAGAAAUAUGCAAAACUGAAGAAGAAGAAAAAGGCGCUGCUCGCCUUGAAGAAGCAAAGUUCCACCAACCAGACAAACCAGGGUGGCUUGAAACGAACAUUGUCAGACCAGCCCGUCGUUGAUACUGCGACAGCGACAGAACAAGCAAAGAGGCUCAUCAAGUCAGGAGCCAUCAGCGCCAUCAAAUCAGAGAACAAGAACUCGGGCUUCAAACGCUCUCGAAUGCUGGAGAUUAAACUAAAGGACCCUGAGAAAGGCCAAGUUCCUGCUUUCUUACCAUUCCAGAGGAGUUUCUCUGCGGAUGAAGAGCCACCUGAGGCUGGGAAGAGAUCCCACAGGAAAUCUCUCUACGAGAGCUUUGUCUCUCCAAAAGAGCGAUACCGGGAUGAAGAAGAGGGAGGCGGCAGUUCAGCCAGCCGCGAUGUGGACAGAGACAGAGAUAGAGACAGAGAUAGAGAUAGAGACAGAGAUCGAGACAGAGAGCGAGACCGCGAAAGAGAACUGGACAAAGAGCGAGACAAAGACAAAGAGCGAGACAAAGACAAAGAGAGGGAGAGGGAGAGGGAUAGGGAUAGGGAGAGGGAGAGGGAUAGGGAUAGGGAGAGGGAGAGGGAGAGGGAGAGAGACAGGGAGAGAGACAGAGAUGGAGACAGGGACAGGGACAGAGACAGAGAGGGAGACCGGGACAGAGAAAGAGACAGAAGCAGAGACAGGGAUCGAGAUAGGGAGAGAGAGAGAGAUGGACCAUUUAGACGGUCCGACUCGUACCCAGAGCGGAGAGGAGUGCGGAAGGGGAACACGGUUUAUGUUUACGGCUCUGCACUCGUCGAGGACAGCCUGCGCUCAGCCUUCUCUCAACAAGGAAACAUCAUCGACCUCUCCAUGGACAACCCGCGCAAUUGUGCAUUUAUCACAUUUGAGAAGAUGGAGUCUGCAGACCAGGCUGUAGCAGAGUUGAACGGAAGCACGGUUGGAGACGUUCACAUCAAAGUCAGCAUCGCCAGGAAGCAGCCCAUGCUGGACGCUGCCACCGGCAAAUCCGUGUGGGCUUCGCUGGCUGUGCAGAACAGCACAAAGGGCUCCUACAGGGACAAGAGGAACCAAGUCGUGUACAGUGAGGAUUUCCUCUGAUGAAGAAGAGAAAAGAUUUGUUUUUGUAUUUUGGCAAGUUUCUUUUAACAAACUGUUUCUGAGUUGUUUAUGGUGCUAGUUGUCGGGAAAAUACAAAUCGCCUGUAGCCUGUUGGAGAAUAAAAGUGUAUUUCACAUGAUUUGUAUGUAAUGCGGUUUGUGACAGCUUUGGUCUUAAAACCCAAGAUAUUGAUAUGGAGCAAAAUAAAUAGUAUCCAUACACCGAUACCGAAA